ACGAGCUUCUUUCGCGUUUGGAAAUCGGAAUUAGACCGAGACACGCUUUUCUAGAUUCACGUUUCUCUUGUCGCAUCAUCUCCGCCCCACUUAGCCAUUCAUUCAUCGAUUUUCGGCGCGGACUCGUCUAAUUCUGGACCCUCAAUGACAAUCAACUAUGUGGAUUCUAGAGAACGAAGCCGGAGCCCUUGAAGGCAAACGGCUUUGGCUACGACCCGGAAAACGAUAUCUUUUCGGUCGAACUGUUGCUGAACCUGGACAACUUGCCAUCAAGGGCGAAGGCGCAGAAAAAGUAUCGCGGAAACAUGUCACUAUACAGGUUGACGAGGUACCUGAGGGAGAUGGGGAUCUCGUAUCGAGUCGUUCGCGCGUUACCAUCGAAGACCUCGGCUCUAAAGGAGGAACAUGGAUAAAUGAAGAAAAAGUCAAAGGCGAAAAACGUAUUCUUUCCCAAGAUGUCAACGUCCUGCAGAUGGGUUCGUUUACGGCUAAGUUUCGCGUCACCUGGUUUCCCGUUGUGUUGAGUUUCUCCUUUACGGCCAACGAACUUCAAGCCGACCCUCUAUCGAAACUUCGCGAAGACCUCGAACAGCUUGAUAUCAAGUUCCUUGCCGAUUACGAUGUCCAAUCGACCACCCACGUUGUAUCAAGAAAAAGGAAUGUGUCAAAGGGUUUACAGGCCCUGGUCAAUGGCCGAUAUAUCGUCACACCGGAGUUCUACGGUAAUAUUAUCGCUGCCGCAACACCUGAGGACGGCAAUGAUGGAACAUCCAAGAGCGCCUUAGAAAACGACUUCGACGCGAAUUGGCCAGAUCCUAUGAAAUGCGUUCCCCUGGCAGGAGACGAACCCGUACCAAGACCAACCCAAGCUUUUGCCCCUAACCCUAGUCGCGCCGAGAUUUUCAAUGGCUGUACUUUUGUAUUUUACUGCAGAAAGCAGUUCGAUAAUCUUCUAGGACCUAUUACGAACGGCGGGGGUAAGGCGCUACUCCAUGAAGUGUCUGAAGAGACAAAUAUCGAUGAUUUUGUUAGAUACGUUAAGGGAGUCGCAGGAGAAAAAGGUUUGGGAGAACUUGAGGAUGGGCGCGAGGGGAAAGGCGUUGUGGUAGUUAGAUGGACUCCUAAAAACGUCGACUGGCUCAACGACUUCCACAUAUCAGCCUCUCAAAGACUAGGCUACCGAUUUAUUGAACAGAAUGAAUUCCUCGAUGCGAUUCUCAACAAUGAUGCGAGUAUCUUACGGCGGCCCCUCGAGGUCGAAGACCCGCGCACGGCACAAGUCGAACCUCAGUCUUCAGCAAGGCCAGAUGCUAUGAAUAUAGAUGAGGAUGAGUCUUCGGCUCCAGCACGAAAACCGCCUCCUCGAAGACGGGCAAGGGGGGCUGCCAAAAGCCGCUUUAAGGGUUUCGGUGUCGAUUUACAAGAUGAUGAUUUACCUAUUUCGGCUACUUUGGCGUCUCCUGCGCCAGAAGCAGAAGAAUCACAGGGGCUUUUCGUGUCGCAAGAACCUGCGCCGGAAGAGCCGGCAGAGAUUGUUAAUACCACCCAACCAUCGCAACGAAAGCGUCGCGCCCCUCCGUCAUCAAGUAUGAUAGAUGACUUCGCGCCGACGGCUGCUCAGGUAAAACGUCGUCGAGUUGCUGCAGGAGAAGAGUCAACUCCUCGACACCCAACACCCGGAGCAUCAACUGCGUCCGAGACGCCGCAGCCUAAAUCUAAAUCUCCUAAAGUCAAGAAAGAGGUUGAUAUUCUUGACUUGGCAAGACAGCAUCGAGAAGAAGCCGAAGCCCGAGCGAAAGCCGAAAGGGAAGAACUCGCUACAGCACCAGAAGGCCUUGAUUUGCAAGAAAUUCGGCGACUACAUAUCGAAGAAGAGAUGGAACUGCGACAAGCACCGCCCGUACGCACUCGAGAGCAGGAUAUAGCGGAUGGCCGUUGGGAUCCUGCAUGGAAUGGACGCAAGAAUUUCAAGAAAUUCCGUCCGCAAGGCGGUAUAGAGAGGCGAGCGCCACAAAGAAUCAUAGUCGCGCUCGAGGAAGUCAAGACAAAAGGCUUCGGUAUUGGCGAUGACUACUGGCUCGAAGACGAGAGCCAACAGCGGAAAAAGAAGAAACAAAGUCAAUCGCAGAGCCAGACUCAGAGCGCUGGCAAGAGGGAAGAUCGAUCGGGUAGUAAUGGACGUGCAAAAGAACCCGAGAAGAGGCCGACAUUACCUACUGAUAUACUUCCACCCGUUGAUAGUAGCGAGGAAGAGGAUCAAAUCAUGGAUGAUGAAGAAGAGGAGGAAGAUGUUGUAGUAGCUCCUCCACCGAGGACACGAGCAACUCGCGCGUCGCAACAGACAUCUCAGUCACAAACACAAUCGACUCGGACGACAACGCAGAGUAAAACGCAAAAGACACAACCUACGAGAGCGACUAAACGUGGUGCCCCGCCACCUACCAAAGAGCCGCCAUCGAAGAAGCGGUCCCGUGUCGGUUUUGUGGCUGGUAGCGAUGAUGAAAGCGAUGAUGGGCUACGGUUCAAAUUUGGGAAAAGGUGAUGGGAUAUCUUGCCUUUAUAAUGGAUAUGCUGUACUACUACUUCUACCCCUUUUGCUCAUUAGCAAUUUGCUUUGGUUUCUAUCAACGGGGGUAUCUCGUUUAUAUACCUAGCCAAGCUUCCCGGCUGUCUACUACGAGCUGUGUAAAUUCUACCAUGUGUAAUACCCGAUGGAAUUGCCUGGCCUGACCUGAUCCAACCCAAUCCGUUGUGAA